AUGCGUCAACUCGCCUCGCUGCUCACUGUCGUCGCCUUCACCCUGGCGCCACUCGGAGCUCUCGCCGCCGAAUGCACCGACGCGGAGGUGGCCCACGACGACGAGCUGUGGGCCUGGGCCGCAACGCAAUCGGCCUGUGCGCCGUACGCCUCGGGCACCUCGUACUUCAACUGGCCCUGCGACGCCAGUGACUGCACGGCGAUCUUGGCGAGUAUGGCCGCCUCCAUGUCGGACUGCACGUACAGCGGCGUGAGCAACAAGAUCGAGGUGCAGAACGCCAUCACAGUCUGCACCGGGGGAGACACCACGGACCCAGGCUCCCCAAGCACCGACACCCCGUCGACGACUGCUCCAUCCCCAACGGCGACAGCUUCCAACACGGACUGUGCGGCCUCGGAGAUCAGCGACAUGGUGGAUCUGUACACGGCCGCUGCUUCCAGUGACGAGUGUGCGGACGACUCGAGCGUCUCGAGCUCCAGCAUCGUCAUCACGACGUUCUGCGGCUCGGCGUGCGCCUCAAAGCUCGAGGAGCUGGCCACUUCGCUGCCCAAUUGCUACUACGGGUACCAGUCUGAAAACCUGAAGGCGGACUUGCUGGAGCAGCUCGAUGGAUGCUCUGGGGAGGACACUUCCUACGCCAUCAACGUCGUCCUUAACCCAGAGGAGGCGAUGGAAGCACCGGCAACCACAACCAGUCCUCCGACGACUACACAAAGCCCUCCAUCUACGACGAGUCCACCUGACUCGACCACUGCGCCCGACACCAACUCCACCUCGGAGCCGACUCCUGCACCUACCGAAGGUGACUCGGGGGCUUACUGCUGA